ACGGUGGAUCGACAUCAUGGGAAGAGGCCCUUUUCUUCCGAUGAACCGGAGGAGAAAGAGAGCGGCGGCGGCGCCACGGCGGAGUCCAUUUUCCCGGUCUACUCCGCCAGGUCUCUUCAUGAUAUGACUGCCAUGGUUUCUGCCCUCUCCCAAGUCAUUGGUAACAACAAUACUUCUACCGCCACCUCCCAAUCCAAUCCCUUACAUGGAAAUUCACUAAUGCCCCAAACUCAACAACCCAAUAUUCAACAACAACAAGAAGGGAGGGAAAGAAAGAGACAUUAUAGAGGAGUACGGCAGCGGCCAUGGGGGAAAUGGGCGGCCGAAAUCAGAGACCCGAAGAAGGCGGCGAGGGUUUGGCUGGGAACCUUUGACACCGCGGAAGCGGCAGCCUUAGCGUACGAUGAAGCGGCGUUAAGGUUCAAAGGCAACAAAGCCAAGCUCAACUUCCCCGAAAGGGUUCAACCAAAAACAACCGAUUUCGGAUACCUAACUACACUCCAACAACAACACUUUCAUGCGGCGGCUUCGGUUCUUUCUCCUUCGCAAUAUCAUCAUUUCUCCCAGCCGCAAUAUCAUCACCCCAAUCUGGACGAUCACUACGCCGCCCAGCAUUACGCUACUCUUCACGCCCAAGCCCCGACGACAAAUGAUAAUAACUACCUCAACUUGUUUCCCAACUACGAGGUUUCCGUGUUUCGUCCCAUGGGAACGUCGGCAACAACGACACCCUUUGUUUCUCAGCAGCAAUUCCAAUUUUCUCAGUUUCCGUACGGGACUACUUCCUCCUCGUCCGCUGCCUCGGGUGAUGCUCAUAAUGCUCCUGAUGAGGAUAACUGGGAGGAGUUUGAUAUCAAGAACGUCAGAAAGUGA